AUGAGUCGCAGCCCAGACAGAAUCUCAUCCUACCGCCGCCACUUUGAGGACAGCAGCAGCUCGUCCUACCAAGUCAGGGUGUCCAGCCCAUCCCCCACCAGGAGAGAUACCCGCAUUGCCACUGCUGGCUAUGCUUGCAAGGCUGGGGCUGGCAUCAUGCGUGUGGAGUCUGUGGGACGAAGGAACAUCUCAGCUGCACGCAGAAGUCGCAUGAUCGGGGCAGGGUAAGCUCUGUGUCAAAGCAGACUCAAGCAAAUGACAGUUGUAUCACCUUUUCCAAAAACCUUUAAAAUCUGCUGAAACUAAGUGCAUCUUCCUCAAGCAUACUCAUUUUCCUCUGAUAUGCCCCCGUCUCUUGCUUCUAGCGUGGGUGCAGGAGCCAUGGUGUGUGUUGGCCCAACUGGAGAACCUGCUAUGGAUCUGGAUGCGGCUGCAGCUGAGAACCAAGAGUUCCUCAGCACCCGCACAACUGAAAGACAGGAGAUGGUUGUCCUCAAUGACAGACUGGCUGUUUAUAUUGACAAGGUAAAGACUUUUUGACUGAUCAAUUACUAAUGCUGUAGUCAUGAAAACAUGUCAAGGCCUUCUUUAAAAUGCCCCUCUAAUAAUAAUAAAAAAGUGUUACGAUCAUCCUGCCUUUACAAGCCCAGAAAGAGAAAACUUUCUGAUUUAGGUCUUGGAAUUACUCAGGAGUUUGUUUUGUGUGCAGGUUCGAUCACUUGAGCAGCAGAACAAGCUUUUGGAAACUGAGAUCCAGGCCUAUCAAAACCGUUUUGAGAAGCCAUCAGGUCUGCGCCUCUUAUACGAGGAGCAGCUGAGGGAGCUGAAGAAGAUUGCUGAGCAGAUGAAAGUUCAGCGGGUGAGACAGAAUUUCUAAAGCCAUACAUUGCCUUGCUUUCUUUUCAGCUUAGACUAUUAAUAGACAUGAGGAAAGGAAAGACAGUUUCCGGCGAGGCUCACUGAGCUGCAGGAGAUCCAUCCAAGCAACUAUACAAGACGUCAACUUGGUGUUUUCAAGGUUCCUCACCUGGUAACAGGCUCACUCCUGGCAGGCAAAUGGAGAGGACCCUGAGCGCACUGAGGUGUCAUGGAGCGCAGCUGUCUUCAGCCAUGUUUUCUGCACCGAUGAGACAGCUAGAUUACACAUUUACACACACUCAUACACAGUCGGACAUAAACACACACACACAUUUUUUAUACAAAUGCUAAAAGGGCAGUCUACAUUUAGCAAAAACCCCAGCACACACCUUAAAAUCUAAAAGACAGCCACAUUACUUCCGGCUUCUUGUUUUCAGGACAUCUCCGUAGCAGCUAAACAGUCCACAGCUGCUCAACUUGAGGCAAUCAAGAUCAAAUAUGAGGAGGCAGUGGAGCUGAGGAGGAAGGCAGAGAUGGAAAUCGAAAGCUUCCGUCCUGUAGGUUACAUUUAAUAACUGAAUAUUUUACUUCCUGUUUUUCUAAUUUACAGUCCUCAAUCAAAAUCAUUGUGGUUCUUUUCAGGAUGUUGACAAAGCUACAUCUGAACGUAUUACCUUGGAGAAGAAGCUGGAGCAGCUGGAAGUUGAAAUUGAAUUUCUGAAGCGUAUCCAUCAAGAGGUGUUUUAACAUAUUUACACCUAAACUACAACAUUUGGUGACCUUUAUUUCAUUGCACCUAAAGACUUCUCUUUCUCCAGGAAAUAGAAGAGCUCAUGAAGCAGAUCUAUGCAGCUCAUGCCUCCGCUCAGAGUGCAUUCGCCUUGCCAGAUCUGGGAGCUGCAAUGAAACAAAUCCAAAACCAGUAUGAUGACAUCGCAGCCAAAAAUCUGCAGGUAAAAUCACCACACAUUAGGACUGUGAAUAGUUAAUUUUUAUAUGUCGUGAAUCAAAAUCAUGUAAUUCAUCAUGUCCUUCUAGGAGAUGGAUUCCUGGUAUAAAAACAAGUUUGAAGAUAUUACCAGUAAGACUUCCAAGCAUGUGGAUAAGGUUCGAAGCUUCAGAGAAGAACUUGCAGGAGCCAAAAAGGAUGUAAGUAACAAAAGAAUAAAAAAAUUCUGAUCAAAAAAUAUUAGUGGCUAACGUGACUCUACUCAUGCAAAAUUAUCUCCAGAUCCAAAGCAAAGAACGUGACUUGGAGGCACUGAGGACCAGGAAUGAAGCCCUAGAGGCCCAGAUUCGAGAGAUGCAGGAAAAGUACAGGAAAGAGCAAGAAGAGCUGCAGGUAAAGAAAUGUUUGCAUUGUUACGGGGUGCAUCCCUAGUUGCAGUAGAACCAAUCAAAACCACAAACAAAUACUUUCAUGAACACAAAGAACUAGAACUCCGGCACAAGAACUCCUGCACACAGUUAUUUAAAGCCAUGUUCACACACAGGCUCGAAUUGAGACCCUGCAGCUCGAGCUGAAAUCAACAAAAGAGAAAAUUGCGCUGCACCUGCGUGAGUACCAGGAACUCCUGAAUGUCAAGAUGUCUCUGGAAAUUGAGAUUACAACAUACAGGUAAAAGGAAAAUAAACUAAGAGCCCGUGAAUCUAUGUUUAAAUAAUUGUUACCAAAUAUAGUUAAACAUUCUUUUUGUUUUCUAGAAAACUCAUUGAAGGCGAGGACCUGCGGCUCUCCGGGAUGGUGCAAACCUUGUCUCUCACCAGCUGUAGCAUGAGCGCCAUUGGUACAGGGAUGAGCAUCAGUGGAGGAGGCAUGGGUGGUGCUGGUGGAGUAAGUGGUGGGAUGAUUGGAGUUAGUGCUGGUGGUGUUGGAAGCAUGGGAGGUGGAGUGGGUGGGGGCAUGAGCACAGGAAGCAUGGGUACAGGGUCAAGCAGUGGUGCAGGGGGAAUGGGUGGCAGAUUGAGUGUUGGGAGUCAGGAUGACAAGAGGGGUCCUCCAAGUAGGGCAGGCGGGGCAGGUGGACCAGAUGUUGGUGUUGGUCCUGGAGUGGGAAGUGGGGUUGGAAUGGGUGCAGAUGGGAGAGGACUUGGUGGAGGUGCUGUGGGGUUGGAUGCUGGUCGAGGAGGUGCUGGCAUUGGGACAGGUGCCAGUGGGAUGGGAAUUGAUGGAGGAAUGAAUGGUGUUGGUACUGGUGCUGAUGGGAUUGGGGCUGGUGGUACAGGUGCAGGAGGUCUCAGCGCUGGCGCUGGUGCCAGAGCUGGAGGUGUGGGUGCUGGGGCCCUGGGUACCAUAGCAGGAGUUGGUAGUGCUGGAGAUGUAGGCUCUGGUGUUGGGGGGUUGGGUGCUGGGGGCCUGGCUACCGGGGCAGGGGUUGGUAGUGCUGGAGAUAUGGGCUCUGGUGCUGGGGGUGUGGGUACCGGGGCAGGGGUUGGUAGUGCUAGAGAUGUAGGCUCUGGUGCUGGGGGCCUGGGCUACGGGGCAGGGGUUGGUAGUGCUGGAGAUGUAGGCUCUGGUGCUGGGGGCCUGGGUACCGGGGCAGGGGUUGGUAGUGCUGGAGAUGUAGGCUCUGGUGCUGGGGGUGUGGGUACUGGGUUCUUGGGUACUGGGGAAGGGGUUGGUAGUGCUGGAGAUGUAGGCUCUGGUGCUGGGGGUGUGGGCACUGGGGGCCUGGGUACUGGGACAGGAGUUGGAAGUGCUGGAGAUGUAGGCUCUAGUACUGAGGGUGUUGGUGCUGGUGGUUUGGGGACUGGGGCAGGAGUUGGCAGUGCUGCUGGUACAGGCUUUAGUGCUGGUGGUGUGGGUACUGGGGCAGGAGUUGACAGUUUUGGAGGUGUCGGCUCUGGUGCUGGGGACAUGGUUGCUGGGGUUGGAGGCAAGGGUGCUGACGGUCUGGGAGGUGCUGGAACUGUCCCAGGUGGCACUGCAGGUUCAGCUGGCAUAGGUAGCACUGGUGCAGGCCUCAGUGAAGGAAAAGGGGGUAUCGGUGGUGGGAGGGGUGAUGCAACUAAUGAAGGCAUGGAUAGGGAUGAAAGUAAAGGUCCUGAAAUGGGGGACAAAAUUAGUGGUAGUGGGGGAACUGGGGUUGUAGGAGCUGGGGAUUUAAGUGUUGCAACGUCAGGCAUUGGUGGAACAGGAAAGAGUGAUGGAGGAAUGGGUGACACCAGAGUUUCUGGGAUGGGAUAUGGAUCCGAUGGAUUUGAUGGCAACCAUGAGGCCUACACGGAGCAGGCUGUGGAGCUGACAGAGAGAAGGACAGUGCUCAUUAGGUAAAGGUACCAAAAGGUAUCUUAUCCAAGUAUCCAUUUUUUAUUGUACAGCAUGAAACCCCAGGAACUAACAAAAGGGUUCCCUCGAUUUUCAAAAGAAUGACUCAAAGUGUUGUCUUUAGGAAACUUUUUUGAGUUCCAGGGUGCAGGAGAUUUACCAGCUUUAGAAUGAUCCCCUAUGCUACUUAAGCUUUGUCUGUUUUCUGUUUUUCUUUAUAGAACAGUGAAAAAUGAGGACGACGUGCUUGAAAUGGACCACCAGGAGCAAACCUAUACCAUUACUGGCGCAGCCGAUGACUCUGAUGAGGAAUGA